GCCGAAUCUGGCGCAUGCGCACAUCGAAAAAGAAUGCGGACUUCGCAGCUCUCACAAUAUUAAAUUGUUUGAUGGCCAUACUUUGAUAAAUCAUGUCGAAAGCACCAUCUCAGCCCGGCUCUUCGGGUGCCGCGGCCAACCUAGGACCUUCUUCGUCCUCCUCGUGCUCGUCUCCCUCGGCAGGUGGCACGACGUCCCCCGCUAACGUGCUGCACGCGCAGCCCGAGAAACCCCAGCACUACACGUAUCUCAAGGAGUUUCGAACAGAACAGUGUCCCCUGUUUGUGCAACACAAGUGCACUCAGCACCGCCCCUUCACCUGCUUCUACUGGCACUUCCUGAACCAGAGACGACGGAGACCGAUUCGCCGGCGAGACGGGACCUUUAAUUACAGCCCUGAUGUGUAUUGUGCUAAAUACGAUGAAGGAAUAGGGACGUGCCCGGACGGAGAUGAGUGUCCUUUUCUGCAUCGGACAGCGGGAGACACAGAACGCCGCUAUCACCUGCGAUACUAUAAGACUGGCUCUUGUAUCCAUGAGACUGAUGGGAAAGGGCACUGCAGUAAAAAUGGCCCUCAUUGUGCUUUUGCUCAUGGCUCCCAUGACCUCCGUAGCCCUGUCUAUGACAUCAGAGAGGUUCAGGUCUUAGAAUCCCAAGCUGCCACAGGAUUGGUCGAGGGGCCAUCUGGAGAGGGGCAGUCAGGGGUCGUGGCGAGCACGGCGCUCAUAGAAAAGAUUCUGAGCGAAGAUCCACGCUGGCAUGAUAACAGUUUCGUUCUGACCCACUACAAGACUGAACUUUGCAAAAAACCUCCACGGCUGUGCCGUCAGGGCUAUGCGUGUCCUUACUAUCACAACAGCAAAGACCGCAGACGCAGUCCUCAUAAACACAAAUACAGAGCCCUGCCGUGCCCCGCGGUGAAACACAGCGAUGAGUGGGGGGACCCCAGUAAAUGUGAAAGCGGUGAAGGAUGCCAGUACUGCCACACACGGACAGAACAGCAGUUCCACCCUGAGAUCUACAAAUCCACCAAAUGCAAUGACAUUCAGCAAAGUGGAAACUGUCCCAGAGGGCCGUUCUGUGCUUUUGCUCAUUUAGAAAAAAUGAGUGUUAGUGAGGAGCAUCUGGCUCCACAAAGCAGUUCUCCUCCUCUCGUAAGGUCCUGUUCUGCCCCCUCAGAAGACUUGAGCCAGAUUGGACCCUGUCCCGCCACAGAGGAGGGGCUGCUGGGACGGGUUCUGCUGGAGGAGUCCUGCAGCAUUGAUGUGAGCCCUGGAGGAGAGGGAGGUUAUGGGAAAGCCCCUGGGUUUGAACGGGAGGACCAGGGCAAACAUAAAAGUUUUGGACAGGAGCAGCGUAGCAGAGAAAUCUCCAUGCACAGCAAACAGGAUAUGUUAGUGUUUCUGCCCGUCGGCAGUCCUCUCAGUAUGUCCUCCAGUAUACCCUCCAGCCUGGCAGCCACCCCACCCAGCCCUGCACCCCCCGGCCCCUCGCCGGGCAUGAAUGCCAACGCCCUUCCUUUCUACCCAACAAGUGACACAGUGGAGUCUGUAGUGGAAUCGGCACUAGAUGAUCUAGAUCUGAAUGAUUUUGGAGUCUCGGCUCUGGAGAAAAGUCUAGAGAGCUCAGCGUUGCCCAGCAUGGGUCUUAUGUUGGGAGGCAGUCAGUUACAGUGUUCUGCACCUGUCAAUAUCCCUGGCUCUCUGAGUAGCCCCUCCCCUUUCAGAUCGCCCUCACCUUCUCCGCCAAUCAGAGCUCACCACUCUCCAUUCCUUUCUGCACAACUGCCACAACCCAGCCAAUCAGAGAGUAGCUUUUUGGGGACCUCUCAUGGUUCUUUAGGUUUAAACGGUAUGAACAGCAGUAUUUGGGAGCAUUUUCCUACAGGCCAGAGUUCCCCAGGCACCCCACCUGCCCUGCUCUCAACAGGGGGCAUGUAUGCAGAGGCGUCCCGUCUCAAACAGGAAGUGGAAGAGGCACACAGAGUGCUAAAACGGUGGGACCACAGCUGGAGACAGAUGACACAGUCCUGGGCAGUCUUAAAAGCUGAUGCAGAGGAGGCUCGUCUCCAGGCGGGACAGCUGGGUAUUGAGGCAGAGCGGGCACGGCAGGCCGAAGAGGUGGCACAGCAACAUGCUGCUGUCCUGGAGGAGGCUCUAGAGAGUCUACGGCACGCAGAAAACCCACACCUGCAGGUACACCAGCUGCAGUUACUGCACAGACUGCCGCUCAGCUCCAUCUGCAGCCUUCAGGCCCAGAUCUGCACCUGCUUACGGACUGUAGAACAGGCUGUGUUCAGGAAGCAGAGAUUAUAUUGUGUAUCUUGCGAUGAGAUGGGUUCAGUCACGUUGCCAUGCCAACACGGCCUGCACUGUGAACGAUGUGCAGCCUCCACAGAAUGCCCGCUGUGCACGGACCACCAGCAGAGCCUGAACAUCCCACAGACUUAA